GAACUGAAAAGCUGUUCACAGAAACCAUGCAAGCACGGUGGGAAAUGCAAGGUCCAGCAUCAAAGCUUUUCUUGUGAGUGUGAAGGAACUGGUUACGAGGGAAGCGAGUGUCAAAAAGGUUUCGUUACAACACCAGUUUUUCCAAAAGUAUCAGCAAGCUCCAAGACCGAGGCCCUUCACCUUUCUGCUCGGCCAUCCAAUAAACUGACAAUUUCCCUAUUUGCUGAAAAUGGAGUGACGUUUUAUCCGUCAUCCUAUCUCGAGAUUGUAUAUCCGGAAACUAAGCAGAAAUUCUUUGUUGAAUCUGAGAAAGCAGGCAUUCAAACAAUCUCAUUUGAUUUGGGAGGUCCUAGUGUAGGUGAUUUCGAGAUCCCUGAGCCACGCUUUCUUCUAGUCAAGCCUCGCGUGAUGGUCAACUCCAGUGUGUACUCAAAGUUGUUUCUUCCUAAAGGAGAACUGCCAGUUGGAUGUAAUGAGUACUUAUCCAAAUCCUCAUCAUGCGAAUUACGAUUCUUGUCUACAGAGGUAUGGACUGGUACUUCCCCUUCCACCAAGGGUAUUGUCCACAUUAAGACACCUUCCAACCAUUAUAUUCCACUGUCCAUGGUUGGUUUAAGUUUGGCUGAGCUUCAGUUAUCUAAAAAAUCAUUAUCUCAAGCAGUAUCUGCACGCAUGUCUUUCAGUGACGCACAAAAUGACUUCCAUAUAAUUGAUGGGAUGUGCAUUCAAAGGGGACUGACUUUUGAAAAUCGUUUAGAGUUGAUUAACGAUGACGCACUUGUCUCUUCUUUCUUGCGCACCUUUUCCAGAAUGUCUCCUAAAUGGCUACAUAUCGUUACUGAGGAGGAAAAUAACGUAUUCGACAUCCAAAACAUCGCAGUAAACGUUGCUAAAAAAGUAAAACUCAAUGAGGAACAUUGCUCAGUGUUUCCACUUAAUCCAUCGUCAAGUAUUGUGUACAUUCGCCCAACCGCAAAGUACCAAUUUUGGGUUUCCGACGUUGCAGUUUUCUUGUCUGCAGAAGGCGACACUUGCUUUGCAGCCGACGUUUGCAAGCAAUCUGUCUUUAUACGUUUUCCUAAACGCUCAGCCAGUGAGAUAAAUGAUAGGCUUGCGGCUUUUCGAGAUAUGAAAGAGAGGGGCAUUGAUAUCAAAGUUGAUUCGCUUGGCCUUCUGGAGAGUUUCGAUACUCAUGAUGUUAAGGACGGAGAGAUUUGGAAUGGGAUGCAAUUUGAGAAGGUGUCAACUUUCAGUUACAACAUGUGGUUAAAGGGAGACGUAACGUGGAAGAUGCAGACACCUGCAAAUCUAGAAGUAAAAUUUCACAUCACAGGAGAGACCUUUAAUCACUACGAAAAAAUUGAUGACGUAAGUUGGUUGUCAAGUCAACGAUAAAAGCAUAAUUUUGUUUUCUUAAGUUUCACGUUUUCUUUUUUUCAGUUGAACAUUGUCCGUUUGUUUGUUUUUACUCUUUUAACAGUUAUUUGUUUAUCGUCUGUCUCGGCCACUCGAUAUGCUACUUAAAGGAAAAGUCUCCGCUGGCAUUAAAGGAAGAUCUCUAGGGCAGGACUUCAAAUUGGAACUUGCUGCUGAGGAUAUGAUAGGAAAGGCCAGGCUUGGAGGUAAAACAGUUACCGGAAUCGAAGCGCCGGACAAAGCAGAGGGCUGUCGCUGUCUGUCAGCUCAGUGUGGUGACGGCCAUAUACCUUGUAGGAAAUAAAAUAAUUCCCUUUAGUUUCCCUCUAGAAUAUUGAGUGCUCUAAAGAUGAUCUUUGUUCUUUGGUGGAAAAUGCUGUAAUCGUAUUCCGCUCUAAGGCCUGUUUCAAACGUCGUGCUACUGCCGUGCUAAGCGGGCUCGACAAUAGCUCAACUGCAGCACGACACUAGCACAACUUGCUUUCAGACGUCCAAUUUAAUUCAGUCGAAUAGAACUGCUUUUGCCGAAAACAAAACACAAAAAUAAAGAAACGAUUUAGCAAACUUUUAAAUGUACUCUAAUGUAUUCAUAAUUUAUGAAUUGAGUUCGAUACGGCAGUAGCGCGACGUUUGAAACCAAGUCGAGCUUCUGCUGUGUAGCACGGCAAAGCUUGCCGUGCUACACGGAAGUAGCACGACUUGGUUUCAAACGUCGCGCUACUGCCGUGCUAAAGCCGAAUUUAGUUCGGCACGGCAGUAGCACGACAUUUGAAACGGGCAUAAGACUCUCAUCACAAUCAAAAAUUCUGAAUAGUACAACUCGGACCUGUACAAUGCUGAGUGUAUACAGUCAGUUGUCUUUCGUUUUAUAUAAACAAGCUCUUUUGUCAACGAUUUUGUUUAUGAGCUAUUUCAUUAUUUUAGUCACCAUAAGCAUUUACACUCAUACGGCUGUCUCUUAUUUCUUUUUUUUUUUUCUUUUGCUCCAAUUACUAGGUGAGAACAGCUGCGAAGACAGGGUGCAAGGAGUAUUCUUGAAUUUUAGAACAAAUAUGAAUAGACCGUUCCUCAAAACACCAUUUUACCCUUAUGUACGCCCUGUAGAAAAUCAACAGCUUCAUUUUGCAACGCUGGUUAAAUACUCUGGAGGACGACAAAACAGAGUGAGUAAUAAAGCAGAGAUACGGCGUACCCUGACAAACUUAAGAUUCCUUGUUGUGCAGGCAGAAGAAAUUUUCCAGAAGUCAAUUUCGAUGCUUCCAAAAGAUAAAGUAACUAUAGAAAAAUGGAUUCAAACGGCUGCUGUGUUAAGUGGAAAGAUUCGCGAAUUCCGUAGAGUGCUUUUUUUAAAUCGAGCCAUUGACAUCAAGAAGGUCAGAAAAUUGAUGGCUGACAUCAAUGAAAAAAUCUACGCUGUGCGAACAAGCGUGGGACUUUUAAAGCAUCGCGUUUCCAUACAAGCCUCGAACUCGCCUUUACUUGCCAUGAUCGAAAACUUCCAGUCAGAUUUCCCACACUCUGUUCACUUGAAACUUGGAGGAGAAAGUAUUCAACAAAGGUUGUUCGGUGUCAAAAUCUACCUUCGCUGUAGUCUCUGCGUAAAAAAUCUAUGUUUGGAGAACAUCAACACAGUAGUUACACACCUUGAUGGGUAUGGCUGUGGAUCCAAGCAAUUUUCAGGUAAAAACUUUUAUGUCAGCGGUAAAACGCCUAAGGUCGUGUCCUUGAGCCCAAGUAAAAUUCUAAGUCUUCCAGAAGGACAACCUAUUACUAUGGUUUUCGGCCGUGAAUCUGACCAGGUGACUAUGACAUUUACGGCAUGGAUACAAGUUCUUGGUUUGAGUCAGCCGGCAAAUGCAACUUUGGAUAAUAAUCAGUUAUCACUUAAAGUAACCGGAAAAAUUUUUGAUAAAUUUCCGACAGAGGUAAAUGUUUUUGCAAAGAUCAGAAACAGCGAAGACUGGAACUCACUACUAUAUAUGGUAGAAGGAAAGAUGCUGAAAUCAUCCCUUCUUCCAAGUAAGCUUCAAAGUACAAUCAAUAAGUAUAUACUUGUUCUAAUAGAAAACGCCCAAAGGAGGAUUAAAAAGGCUGAAACUGCAAAUAUUAAUGCCAAAAGAAAAACCAAAGAUGCAGAAGCAAUUCUUAAAGUGAAGCAGAUUACCUUGGCCAAUGCAUCUAACAUAUUGGACGAAAAGACAAUCAAUCUUGUCGAAAAGCGAAUUACGUAUGCCCGACGAAAGAUACAAUUCAAUUCGACACUUUUGCGCUACCUUCAAUUCAAGAACCAGGAUGUUUGUGAAAUGAAAGAAUGUGACAGCACUGACUUACACCUGACGUGCAUACCUGACGUGUGCCGAAAGGAAGUUAAGACUACGUAUACUAUACCAAUCUGUGAGAGAGUUAUCGAGUCAAUUCCAGUAGUUCGCUUAAAAAAGUAUACUAAAAAAGAAUGUUACGACGUAACCACACCUAAAAAUUUUACAAAAACUGGAGGGGGCUGGAUCGACGAUGAGAGUUAUACUACUACAGGAGGCGACACCAGGGAAGAAUGUUUCUCAAACUCCAAAUUCAAGGCAGAAAAUAAAACGAUCAAGGUAGAUAGCUAUAAAUGUAAAAAUAAUGCCGAUUCUAUAGAAGUCAUUUCUGGUCACGAAAAACCUUAUGCCUGCUGCAACAAAGCGAUAAAAGAAAAAGUUCAGAUUUUAAAGCCAGACUGUGUUGAUCACAACUCCGAGUGUUGGGAAAACAUAACCGAAUUUGCCCAACAGUUAAAACGACUACACAAUAAGGAGAGUGCACUCUUUGCAGACUUCCAGAAUAUGGCAGACAUGGCGAGGCAAGUAAAUCUGGCUCAAAUGGAGGUUAAUUUAGCUCGAACAAAUGUUCGCAUGGCAACAAAUCAAGUCGAACUUGCUCUUGCAAUGCUUGAACAGAGUCAAAAUGCCCAGGCAUCCCUAAGUAUCAGCAAAAUCAGAGAGCAAGAGAAACUUGGGAUAAGACUGGCGGACAAAGUAAAGAGUCUGGACGGUAAGGAAAUGAUUUCCGUGGAAGGUCUUUCGUUCUCGACGUCCAUGACUUCAAACAGCAAAACGUUGCUACCGUUUGUUGCAUCUGUAAAAGAUGCUGAAGGGCACAACAAGUUUGUAGAGUUCCCAAUUGAAUUCAAAAGGCUUGACUACUACUUAGAUUCAGCCGCGAAGCUUGUAGUUCAGACACUCUUAACAAAAACAAAUUCUAGAGAAAGAAGAUCUACGCACGGCGUGUUUAUGGAAGACAGAAUUGGCAUGGACAGUGUGCGACGUAUUUGCUUUUUCUCCCACAAAGCAAAUGCUCUCUUUGCAGACGUCAUAGACUCUUUGGAAUUUCUUGUUAAAAGUACAAAUGAAUACUUUGAAGCCAUAUCAUCAGGAACUGAGGAAGUCGAUUCCUAUUCCACAAUUUCUGUAAAAAAGACGUUUUCGUCUACUCCACAGCUUCAGGUAACCUUUAGCGAGAUGAUGCAGUCCCUAAAAGAUCAUUUUAUCAAUAUUACAAGUGCGACAAAAUGGGAAACCAUUCUUGAACAGUGGCGCGUUCAUCUCAAUGUUUUGACAGGAGACAAAAACCUUACAGAGUGCUCUGGAAUUGAAGAUUGUCUGGAGUUCUUCUUUUAUAACUUGGAUGACUUUUAUCUGUUCGAAUAUAGUCAACGGGCACUCGAAAUUAAAGAGAGUCUACAAGAAAUGAAAAGGGUUUUUACCAGUUUGUUACAAAGGAAUUCUUCAUUCGAUUCAGUGAAAGAAAUAGCACUUAGGGCCAAGGCCGUACUCAACAAAACUAAAGACGACUCAGUGUUGUGCGGAAAUAGUCCAGUCAUUUUAAAAAGCUCGCCUGCAGAAGUUGUGUUCCUGACUGGUGAAACAUUAAACCUUACAUGCUUAGUUACCAACUCAGAUGAAGUGGAGAUUGUUUGGAUAAGAAACGAAAGGGUUGUAGAGGACAAGCACGAUGAAGUGCUUGUUUUAAGAAAUGCGGAUAGGCAAACUGAAGGAGCUUACAAAUGCAAAGCUUCCAAUAACAGGGGUGUAACAGUUUCAAAUGUUACCAUUGUUAGGGUACAUGAAGCGCCAAGAAUCACUAUUCAUCCUAGUGACUUUCGUGUUCUAGUGGGAACUGAAACAUUGACAAUGAUAUGCAGUGGUGAUGGGGCACCUAAGCCAACCAUAGAGUGGUUUUUCAUGUCACGUACUGGUAACAUAGUGAAGGCGAAUUCCUCUGAUCGCUUGUUAACAAAGAAAAACCUCACAUCUCAAGACUCGGGAUUUUAUUACUGUAAUGUUUCAAACAUACGUGGAUCAACAAGAAGCAGAAUGGCGAGGCUUGAUGUCUUGGGGUUUAUUCCAGGCUUACCACGAAUCGCCGUAUUUCUGAAAUUUGCCAGAUGCGCAUUCGACAAUUUUCCAUAUAACACGUCAAACUGUACCAAUCACCAUUACACGCCUGCCCUGCAGUUGGAUUAUGCUGGUGUACACAGCUUUUUCAGAGAGAUCACUGGUAAGAUGAGGUGGGCAUGGGGACAAAUAGAAAGACUCGAUUUCAGUCCUCAGUCAGAUGUCUCGUUGUCCUUUGUGAUCACAGCCAAUGAAAGCAACGUGUCGUCAUAUAUUAGUUCAGACUUAAUCGCUGCCUUAAACAGUUUUUCCAUUUCACGUUACAAACUUGCCAGCGAUUUACGGUCUUUUCGCGCUGCUUUGGAAGAAAGGAAAUUUCACUUUCUUUGGAAAAACGAGCUUAUCGUCUCCAAAAAUGGAGGUUUUGCUGCUGAGCUUGUCACUCAAAAGUGUCCCGCUGGAAAAGAGGCUGAUGAAAAUGGAUUUCUUUGCGGUGGGUACUCUUAGUUCAUCCUCUAAAAUUCUAUUUUUGUAAGUUGAAUCAUAAAACGAUCUACCCAAGAACAAUUUGAAGUAAAACGAUGUCAUAUGAAGAUUUUUACCAUCUAUGUAAUAAGUUAUUUAUUUACGUAUUAUCUUAGUUAACGGAAAACUUAAUUUGAUAUUGUCAGAUAAUGGACGUUGCUCAAACUCAUUUAAUUGAUUCAUUCAUUUGUUUUAUUUUGUCAUUAACCGCAUAAAAAUAAAUCAAUAAUAUACAAGAAGUUUGUUAUAAUUAUAUUAAAGACAACUGACACGAUUAUAACUAAAUUAUUUACAAAUGUUUAAAAUGGUGUUGACUAGGAAGGCCUCCUGGCAGUAUAUAGGGCACAUGUGAGUUAAGGAUACUGAAUGAUAAAUAGAUUAUUUUUAAAAGUAAAGAAAAAAAAAAAGAAAAGUUAUCUAGCUCAACAAAGAGUAUAUUUGACAAGGAAAGAAGGAAUUUUUGAAGUCGUUUGCCGAACAAACUGAUACUUUCUCUGCUUUGAAUUUUAUUCCUUAGCGAGUUAAAAACUUAGGGCCUUGAAACCGAAUUGAGAAUUUUCGGAAAUUAGUUCGACAAUGAGGUAUAUAAAAAAGGUUAGAAUUUCUCGAAUUGUUUGAAUGUAUCUGGCUUGCAAGAGUAAACUCGAGACGGAAUAACAAACUUCAGUUCAUAAAUGUCAUUUUCUGUGUUCAAAUUUUAAUGUUAUGUUCCUAUUUUGCAGUUAACUGUGCACUUGGCUACUAUGGCAUGUCAAAUGGUUCAUGUGUCCCUUGUCCUGUCGGCACAUACCAGUCAAACCAAGGAAAUACAGAGUGUAUCAAAUGCCCAUAUAUACGUUCUCAAACUGAUCUUGGAGCCGUUCUAGAAUCGCAAUGUAUCGAUAUUUGUGAGUGUGAAAAUUACUAUGCCUUUAAAAAAAUACAGUUAAAAAACGUAGCUAUUUCUGCGCUGUAAAUCAUAAAGUAAAAUCCUUCUAGAAAGUUUUAUUUUCUAUUUAACUUUUUCUUUUCUUUUUUGUGGGUGGAAGUCCAGUUUUUAAAUUGUAAGCAUUAGGUUAGCUAGAAAAGAUAGGUGAGAGAACAAAAGCAGACAAUGGGCGGUGUAGUCGCUUAUCUUAAUUUGUAACAUUUACAAAACGUUUCGUGUGCAGGUAUUCCUCGUUCUGAUGUAUCAAAAAAGAUUAGGUUAGCAAGCACUUAAACGGUCUACUCUUCUUCUCACAUUUUAAGAACUAGCCUGCGAAAGGCAGAUGUUUCUCCUCGCUCAUCGCCGCUGAGGGACGUUUCGCGAGGGGGAACGUCUGCGACUCAUGCACAGCGACAGAAAUUCCAUACUGAUGACGUAAAUCAAUGUUCACUUAAUAAAUCCGGUAGUCAUGGGGUUCCAAAUACAAAUUUGUUCAAUUUUACGUUUCUCCUGGUCGAUUUGGAAAGUGUUGUGUUCAUCUUCGAAUGAGCUCCAGCAAAACUCAAAUGCUUCCUCUAGAGAAGACUAUAUUCCUAAAAAAAAUUUAAUAUUUUGUUAGAGAUUCAUGGCGUUUACAUUUGACCUUUGCCGCCUUUUGUCUUUUGUCUGUCAUUCGUAAACAAUAGCUAGAACAUUGAAACUACUCGACCAAUUAGCGCUUCUGACCGGAUUUCGGACAGAUUUUGCUCCAUCAGUGUGGAAUUUCUGUCGCUGAGUCGCAGACAUUCCUCCCCGCGAAAAGUCCCUCAGUGGCGAUGAGCGAGGAGAAACGUCUGCCGUUGUUGAGGCCUCAAAUGUAAUAAAUGACCCUAAAUGCAAUAAAGGUCCUAAGUGUAAUAACUUUUGGUCCUAAAUGUAAUAAAGGUCCUAAGUGUAAUAACUUUUGGCCCUAAAAUGUAAUAAAGGGUCUAAUUAUAUAUGUAAUAGGUUUUAGCCUUAAAUAUAAUGGAAGUCUUAACAGUAUACAUGUAUGUAGUAUAACAGCCCCAAGCUUGAUAAAGUCCCUGACUGAAACAUACGACGAUAUUAAUCUUAUAGCCAGCUGGCGAUUCACUUUCUUCGCCCUAUUGUAGUCUUCAUAGAUAUUCAUUAACUUAGAAAACGGCUGGAGCGCUCAAGAAGUAGGAGAAACACUUAACUACGUCUCGAUCGUGUCUCCUACUACAUCCCUACAUCGUGAAACGCGAAUUAUAAACAAAUGGAAUCUACACAAAAGUUUUCAAAAUACAGUUGUAAUUUAGUAAUUGAAAGAAGUAUUAAUGUUCAUUAGAAACAAUCGUGGUAAAUUGACUACUUUUGCCUAUGGGGUUUUUUAAUGUUGCGCCAAAAAAAGAAAUGUUUUUUUUUUACCAUUUUCCAAAAGAGUAUGUCGGUCGGUCCAUACAGAAAGCUGUGAACACGAAGUUAUAUAUAAACAGUAAGAUAUUAAGAGCAGUAUAUCUUUAUAGUUUUUCUGACUUCCCGACUUUGAUUUUAAUUUCUACCAGGAGUACUUCUUGAAGUGAAUUUUUAUGCUAACUUUUUUUUCCCGGAUUUCCCCAUAUGAAUGAAAUUACAUUUUCAAAUAACAGCUGGCUUUCCUGUUUUUCUAGCGAGUACAUAAGGAACUCUACUUUGAAGACCCAAAAUCUUUUUUUUAGAGCUAAGAAGAAGAAGAAGAAGAGGAAGAAGAAUAAAAUGAUGAUUGUGAUUGCGAUGAUAAUGGUGGUCCAACCAGUCAACUUCCAAAUGAAAUACUCGACAAAAUAAUAGACUUCGCGUUAACUGGAACUGACAUAAGUAUUAUUAUCACCUAUAAUUCCCUUUGCCAGCAUCGUGAACCCUUUAAAGAACUCACAAUGCGUUAUAUUUGUCGGUUACCACGAAUAAGCUACAACAAUGGCGACACUGUGCGAAGUGGCUGUUUCAGCUUGCGCAAGUUGUGCAAAGAAUUUGGCCCAUACAGAGAUAAUACAGAGAGAUAAUAGCCAGCCCCAGAUGGAUAAAGGCGUGGGUUGAGCUGUUGUUUGCUGGGGUUGGAACUUGGUUUUAUGUUACCAAUGUAUGGUGGAAAGGACGAGAGAUCAAUUAAAGUACACUUACUUGCACCUAUUUGUUAACAGAAGAGGUAAAAACAGUUAAGCUGAUGUUGUGUUAUUGACUCAGAUUAGAAAUCAUGGUGGCACUACAGGCUGCCAUUUUGACAUUUUUGGCCUUUGCCUAUGAACAGAUUUUUUUAGUUCAAUCCAAUGAAUGAAGUUACAGUUUCUUAAGAAAAUUUUCUAUAAUAAGCGAGGCUCUUUUGUUUUGUUACAUAAGUUUUAAGAUACGUCAGUCCUUUUUUGACAAUAAAGAGUUCUUUAAAAAAUUUGCUUCAUAUCAUGGUCCUCUGUUUUCAAGUCGUUUCAAGUAUUAUUGAUAACAAUGCUAACUAUUAAACCUAUUUACAAUUAAUCACUAUUCGGUCAAAGGACUAUUUACAUUUCACUUCGAUUAAAUAUUCUUUUCAGUUAAUAAUGACAAUAAAAAUAACAGUGAUAAUGAUAUCAAUAACUGAAUAACAAGUUGUUUCUCAAAUGGCUAUAGAGGGGAUCUGCCUGGGGUAUUUAGUGUUUGAUAUUCCCUAGACACAUUCUGGCGCUCAGUUGACCCGUAAUAAGGCUAAAAGCAAACGUUGUGAAAUCGUCUUAUGACCCUAAGCAUAUAAAAAGCUGAAAGAAUUACACUUAGGACCUUUAUUACAUUUAGGGUCAAAAGUUGUUACACUUAGGACCUUUAUUACAUUUAGGGUCAUUUAUUACAUUUGAGGCCUCAACACCGUUCGCAGGGUAUUUAAGAAUCUGAAGUGUUUGAUUUAAUUAUUUUACACAAGAGAAGUGCAUUUUUCUGGUUAUAACUUCAGUCACUUGGUGGUUAGUAAAGACUUAAUAAAAGGCUUUACUGAAAUUGAGGAAAAUGAGAGCCAUUUCCUGUUUUCCUUAUUUUGUAGCUAUUCCCUGCAAUAUUUCAAAUGUCACUAUUAAACACGCCCAAGUGCCAGAGAAUGGAAAGACGCGCUAUCGCACUGGUGAAAAGUUUGUGCUGGGUUGUCAAAUUGGUUAUAAGUCGGUAGGAAACGGUUCACGAGAAUGUAAUGAAGGGAACUGGACGACACAAGAAUUUUAUUGUGAAAGUAAGUACAGUUGUAUCUUUCUAUUUCAGGCAUUCUUUUGAAGUGUGACUUGCAUUUUGCAAUAGACCCUAUCCCCCUUAUUUCUGGUUAUAUCACAGCAAAAUCGAUGGGUCAUGGUAAGACCAAAAAAAUUGUGUAAACUUUUGCAGCUGCUUGAACACCGAAUAAGUGUUCAAUCUUUUUCGGAAAAGUAAUAGGCCCUUUGCAUGACUUGAUCACGUGAUCAACUUUUGGUAAAGACAAAAACAGUUCAAUCUUGUUAGCACAAGCUGAAAAAGCGUUUUAAAAUUUAGUAACCUGAGAAUUUUCAGCCGUAUAUCUCAAAAGUAGCGAUUGCGACGGCCGCCGAAAGCAUUUGUAUGAAAAAAACAACUUUUACGCUUGCAUGGUUUUCCAUGCAAAUCCAUGAAAAUUUCGAAAUUUUCAAAACUGUCAUGAAAUAUUUCCUUAAGCAUUACGGGCUCAUAUCUCCUUUUAAUUCGUAACAGGCAAUUUGAGCCCUUAAAUGCGUAAGCGAAAGAUUUAAAUACGGAUUAAAAAUUUUAGAAUUUACAAGGAUUUGUAUGGAAAACCAUGCAAGCGUGACUGGAUCGCGAAAGUUGUUUCUCUCAUACAAAUGCUUCAUACAUACAUACAUACAUACACACAUACAUACAUACAUACAUACAUACAUACAUACAUACAUAAAACUUUAUUUUAUCUCGAAUUACAAGGAGCCAAAAAUAGGCUAGUAUCUCCGAGAAACAAAUAAAAUCCUAAAAUGAUAUAAACCAUGGUAUAUACACUAAAUUGAGAAAAUAUUUAAGUCUUAAUACAAUUCUCGGUUUUCACGAAGAAAACAAAGUUUCAAACUUUGGGCAGCCGUUGCAAUCGCUGCUUUUGAGAUCUACGGCUGAAAAUUCUCGGGUUACGUAAUUUUCAUAUGCUCUUUCUUCAAAAAUGAACUGUUUUCGUGUUUACCGAAAGUUGAUCACGUGAUCAUCUCAUGCAGUAUUCUAUUCAUAUGACUUAAAUAAGAUCCUGAAUGCGUUUAAAAACACCUUUUCAGUGUUACAGCUACACUGAAUUGGUUUAUAGUUUAUAUCCCUAUUUGUCGUCAUUGUUUUGUUGUAUAAAAACGUUGACAGAGGUGACUUUUCACUUUUAUGAAGAUCACAGAAAAGCGUCCGUUUUCGUGGACAUUUCGCGAUCUAGAAGGCUAAAAGUUAGGAGGACAUGUACACUCGCUUGUUUUUGUUUUCUCUUUUUGUGAGUGAUAUACACAUACCGUAAAUUGCUGCUAAUUUUAGCCCUGGGCUUAAUUGGUUUGACAGUAGUCGGGCCUAUAACUGGGAGGGCGUAUACAUUUACAUUGUUAUAAGCGGAGGAGGGAGGGGAGGAGCUUAUAAGGGGAGGUUUACAGUAAAUUCUUCAGUCUUCCGUCCCUCACUAAAGUAUACAAAGUAAAAGUAAUAUUCUCUCCUUUGCAGCGAACCGUCGCAUUUUUGGAGGUAACCUUAUUCUCUCUCUUUCUCUCAAUUCAGAAACGUGUUUUCCACCCUGGACUGAAUUCAAGAAACGUUGUUACUUGGUGAAAGAUGUGCUGUCGUACCGGUGGAAGGACGCUUAUGCUGCGUGCCGGUCCCUCAACGGUUCGCAAAUGAUAACGAUAUUCUCGGAAGAAGAAAACGAUUUCGCCGCUAACCUUGCUAAGGUAUUUACUUUUUUAUUAAUUCAAUUUGCUGCAAACAAAGUCGGUCUAUCUACAAAAAGAAAAAAAUAAAUCAGUGUGAGGAAAAUCUAUUAUCACUAUUUUUCAAGAGCUUGCUUUCGUGACAUCGCGAAAAAUAAAUCAAAGUCAAACCGUGUCCUUUUUCGAUUUUGAGAGUGAGAAUUUUGCCCUUCAAGUAAGUUUAGAUCAAGAGAGAGCGAGGAUAAAUUUCCGUUAAAAAAAUGAUCAUAAAUAUUCGGAAAGUUAUAUAGAUUUAUAAAAGAUAUAAUUUUUGAAGUUUUAGCUGCACUUGACUUGCCACAUCCGUUGGGCUGUAGCGGAAAUAAAUCGAGUAAUGUAAUCUUGCGAAACAAUGUAAGGCAAAUAUAAUGGUAUGACUUAAAAGUUAGUCCAAUGAACUGCUCGAGGAACCUAUUUAAAGCGAUGUGUCAGACUUAAUCAAAUAAAGUAAUUAAUUAAAUUUUAGGCUCAUGUCAAAGAGAAAAAGAUGACCCAGGUACAACUGUGGCUUGGUCUAACAAAAGAAAACGCCCAAAGUCCUUUUCAGUGGGUGGAUGGACGAACCUUAUAUGGAAGCUACACCAACUGGUCGCCAGGGGAACCAAACAACUCUUAUGGCCGCGAAAGGUGUACUGAGAUGCUGAUAUCAGGAAUGUAUGGGACUCAUAAGUGGAAUGAUAUAAGGUGCGACACCACGGGAUUCAAGGCGAUUACCAUUUGCGAGAAACCCUUGCGAGCUGGUGAAUAA